CGAUUACUUGUUUUAACAAUGAUCAGUGUGAAAAGGACUGAACUUAACAGCAUAAUUACUAAAUUUAUCUAUAGCUAUUGUGUGAUUUCAUGUGAUUUUAAGUUUUAUUAGUGGAAAUUUGAUCAAAACAUUGGUCACGAGUACCCAGAAAUUAAGUCGUCCAUGAGAUCGUACGAUCGAGUAAUUUGCCAUGACCAGUUCGACGAGAUGAAGGGCGGACAGAAUCCGGAUGUGGGGUUGUCAAUUGACCAACUUCUCGUCAGGAAUGGAUAUCCGGUUGAAAUAAUCAAUGUUACCACCGAGGAUGGUUACAUUCUAAGCAUUUAUAGGAUUCCCUUCAGUCCCACGUCACCGACACAAAAAGGAGUGAGAAAAAAAGCGGUCAUGCUGCAACACGGUCAAGGAGCGAAUGGGUUGGCGUGGCUAAUUCAGGGGGGAUCCAGAAACUUUGCUAUGUUGCUUGCCGAUUCUGGUUUGGAUGUGUUCAUCUUAAACGCUAGGGGAAGCAUUUACUCACAAGGGCACAUAGACCCUAGUUUUUCACCGGAUAAUGUGAAGUAUUGGGACUUUAGUUUCCACGAGAUGGGAAUAUACGAUUUGCCUGCCAUUGUUGAAAUGGUGACGGAUAAGACCGGAAAUAGAGCCAUGUACUAUGUUGGUCAUAGUAUGGGGACAUCCAUGCUCACCGUAAUGCUGACGGAACGCCCAGAGUACAAUGACCGAAUUUUGACAGCUUUCUUACUCUCUCCAGCAAUUCAGUUCGGACACACGGCUCAGCCUUUGAGAAAGUUUACUCGAUUCAGCAACUAUUUUCAGUAUUUUUUUAACAAAUUCCUAAAAGGAAAAUUUGAAGCUGGCAAAAUGAUUGAACAAUAUACCAGCAAGCCGCCAGGCUUCCUAUGCACUUCAAGGAGAGAUGCUUGCGAUUUUUGCGGAAACUUCAUGUAUCUUGGGUUCGGAUACAAUGGGCCCCAGAUGAAUUAUACCACAUUGAGCAUUCUACUGGGUGCAUUUCCUGACACCAUGUCAACCAAGACGUGGACACAUUUCGUCCAGUUGAUAAACACGGAUAAAUUUUGCCAGUUUAACUAUGGAUUUAAAUCCACGAAUCGAGAAAAAUAUGGAAUGGAUAAUCCGCCCUGUUAUAAUUUAGUAAAAGUUUCUGCACCGAUUGUCAUGUUUUGGGGACAGAACGAUAUUUUUGUUAAACCGCAAGAUGCGGCCAAAACUGCUUCAAAGUUUCCAAAGGGUGCUUUAAAAGAAUUCAUUAAAGUUGAAGAUCGUCUUUUUUCGCAUAUCGACUUUGCAAUGGCGAUAAAUGCCGACAUUUUAGUGUACAAUCGAGCCGUUACUAUAAUGAAGAAUGCAACAUAUGAAUUUUCGUAGUUAAUUUGUAUAAUUUUUUAUGGUCCAAACAGAGGAUUAUGUGUAAAUUUAAACAUAGAGAGCGUACUCCGGUCAACCUUCACCUGUCACCUGUUGUAUCUCGCAAAUCAACAAAAUUUGAAGAUUUCGAAAAACUUUUACUAUCUAGAAAUUAUGUGAUAUUUGUUCGCAAUUUACUCAGCAACUUGGUAUGUUUUUAUUCUCAAGAUUACUUCUCCAAAUUGGCAAAUUUUCUCAACACUUUGUGCUGCUAACUAAGAUAUUGUCGCGAAUACGUCUAUUGAGUACAUUCAAAUGCAUACAUAUGUAUGCAAUUAUUUCACAUCUAGUCUAAGCUACAUAUGCAUGUAAGGUACGUUUAUAUUUUUCCAGGGGUGAAUAUUCUUCAUUGUUGCAUUAAAACUGUAACUUAUGUAAGAAUGAUUCAUCAUGUCCAUAAUUUCCAUGCACAAGGAAAGCUACUUCAGCGAAUUAUGUAUAAUCUUAGGUGCAUUUUUAUAAAUUGUUAAUCACCCACAAUGUUUCGCUGUAAUUAAACCUGGCAUAAAUUUUUCUUCUGGGAAAAUAAUAUUUAUAUCUUCUUUAUAAAAUAAGCUUGUCAUCUACUUUAUUAUGUAAGUCUACAUGUUAGCAAUGUAUACAUAUGUAUUUGCACGUAUGCACUUAUCUAAAUCUUUACAUAAUGCAGUAUUAACAAGUGUACAAUAAACAAGGUCCCUAAAAAGGGGAAAUCUUAGUGAGGUAGUGCAAUCAUAAUUAAUAAAUAAAAUUAGAUUGCAGAAUUUUUGCUUCACCGCUCUUGGUUCCAUUUUUAACUUGGAGCAUUAAUCGUUUAAGUAUAACACUUGCCCCCUCAAAACGUCCGAUGAUUUUGUCUGAAUAGAAUAUCCAAAUUAAUAUAUUGAAUUGAAAUUAUAGAUUUGUAUCUUUUUUAAACAAAUAAGUACGUACAUAGUUCACAAUUGUUCAGCCAUUAUAUUUUGUAUAUCGCAAGUAAUUUAACCCACUUCUCGUUCACUAUAUAGUAAAAAUGCAUUCCUACCUCAAUUUUUUCAAUAAAAUUAAGAAUUCAUUCGUAUGCGAAGCAAAAUUUAUAGUGUAUCCUAAAAAAAAUGGAACCGAGAGCGGUGAUGCAAAAAUUCUGCAAUCUAAUUUUAUUUAUUAAUUAUGAUUGCACUACCUCACUAAGAUUUCCCCUUUUUUGGGACCUUGUUUAUUUAUAACUUUUAAUUGUCCAUGGGAUUACUGCACUGCACUACUCCUUUUCAUUAGUUUGAUCCGGAAUAAUUUUAUUAAAUGCUGGGUAUUUAAAACUGAAUAAAUCCGUUAUUUCUUAA